UCUCCCAUCAGCGCUGCAUCAGUGCUCUAUCCCUCACUGGCCCCCUUUACCACCACACCCUGCACUCAAGUUAUGAUGCAGUUCAUGGGUAGCGUAUGUUGCCCUACAUUGCCACUGGGGCUCCACCAAAGGUUUAUACUUGAGCUCAGAGCUCACUGUGGAUUAAACAUCAGCUGAACGGACUCCUUGCAGGUAAACAACAUGGCAGAGUGUGGAGCUGAAGGUGAACUACCUCAGAGGCGUGUUGGUGUGAAGGAACAACAAAAUGGAGAGCUGAUAGACUCAGAGCUUGCUGUGGAUGAGAGGAAGCAGAGGGACAGGGAGGAGUGUGAAACCCUGGUGUUGUGGAAGAAACCUCUGCUCACACUCCACUACUUCACUCUGGAGCUGCUCAUCACUCUUAAAGGUUGGAUAUGCAGGCUCCGGCAGCAAAGACAGACUGUGUUUGGCCUGCUGAUCCUGCUGAUCCUCCUCUCCAUUGCCUAUCGUAUUGAAGGAACACACCAGAAGUAUGUGCGCUACAUGGAGAAGAAGACGCUGUGGUGCGCCUACUGGGUUGGUCUGGGCAUCCUCUCCUCUGUGGGUCUUGGCACUGGCCUGCACACCUUCCUCCUUUACCUGGGACCACACAUAGCAUCAGUGACCCUAGCGGCGUAUGAAUGUGGCUCUGUGGAUUUCCCCGAGCCUCCUUAUCCAGACCAAAUAGUCUGUCCCCAGCAUGAAGCACCAACGUCAGGCUCUGAUGCUGAGCAGGUGGGCGUGGAGGGCGCGCAGACCGUGGGCACGGACAGUGUGGUGGGAUCAGCAGCCCUCCAGGGAAGCAUCUCUCUGUGGACCAUCAUCUCAAAAGUCCGGCUGGAAGCUUGUAUGUGGGGUGCAGGUACAGCUAUAGGAGAGCUUCCUCCUUACUUCAUGGCACGAGCAGCACGGCUGUCCGGUGCUGAGCCUGAUGAUGAGGAUUAUCAAAAAUUUGAGGAAAUGCUGGACCAGACGGAGUCCGCACAGGACUUUGCAUCCCGGGCUAAAGUAACAGUACAGAAACUGAUCCAGAGAGUUGGAUUCUUAGGGAUUUUAGCCUGUGCCUCUAUUCCAAAUCCCCUGUUUGAUCUGGCAGGAAUAACAUGUGGACAUUUUUUAGUCCCCUUCUACUUUUUUGGUGCAACACUCAUUGGGAAAGCAGUCAUCAAGAUGCACAUUCAGAAACUGUUUGUGAUCGUCACCUUCAGCAGGCACAUAGUGGAGCAGAUGGUGUCCCUCAUCGGAGCUGUUCCACUGCUGGGUGCGGCACUGCAGAAGCCCUUCAGGGAGUACUUGGAGGCCCAGAAGGCCAAGCUUCACCAUCUCCGUGGAGAGGGGAUCCCAACUGAGGAGAACUGGCUGUCGUGGCUCUUUGAGAAGGUUGUGGUCAUCAUGGUAUGCUUCUUUGUCUGCUCCAUUGUCAACUCCAUGGCUCAGAGCUACGCCAAGCGCAAGCAGCAGAAGUACUCGGAGAGCAAGACGGAGUGAAGGCCGGCGACAGAUCACGCUGGACCAUCAACUUCAGAAGCCUCCUUGCUUCUCCGAACUCCCGCCGCUCCUUUCCUCAUUUCCACUCUCACUCCUGGCUGAUACCCCACCAUUAUCAGAUGCAUCAUAUCCCCCCUAUCUGGUUUCUCUCUUGUUAUUGUAGCAACAUGUUUAUGUUGAACUUGGACUUCCAUUUACUUGUCUUUGAAGGCUUUGCAUUUGGUAGUGAUUUCUGCGAUGGUUCUCUGUAAGGUAGGUGUUCGCUGGGGUGCGUGUGAGUGUAUGUAAGCUGCUGUGUUGUUAAAGUGUUCAUGUUGGUGCUUUUAGCAGUUCCCGAGCACGUGAGAAGAAGCUGCUGGCAAUAAUUCUCCUCAGUGAGGCCUUAAGCUGCACUGUUAGUUUCACUAGAACAACCUCCAUAGACUCACUUGAAUUCACUUUAUCUGAAUAAGCUAGGAUUGUUUUAUGUUGUGAUUGUUUUGUAAAACCAGCACAGUUAUUUGUUAAAUAUCCUAUUUAUUUAUUUAUGAGCUACAUUUGCUAGAUUAUUAAUAAUAAGAAUUAAUGACUGAACUGUAGGGUUGUUGUUCUGUGGUUAGAUAAGGCUUGUAAAUGGACUUUACAUAACUGUGUUCUGCUCAGAGCCGUGUCAUUUCUACAUAUUGUAGAGCUCAGUUGUAGUAGAGAUGUUAAUGAGUGUUUCAGACUGUACGCGGUGCUUAAGAUGACCGCUUCUUUUGUGUGUGCCGUAAAGCUCAUCGUAGUACUUUUGGAUGAGAAAUGAUAAAUCAGCCAUGAAUCACCCUGCUGGUUCCUUUGUCUGCCCUUAUUGUUCUGCUUCCAGGAAGAGAGCGCAUGAGUCAGCCCGGGGCUACUUUACCAGAUGCAGCCAUAUAUUGAAUCAGAUCUACAAUUGUGUGUGCGCGUGCCUGUGUGUGAGACGGAGAGCGAGACAGAGAUAGUAGGUUGUGUGGCUGCCACAUUUGUUGCUCUCCCUUUUAUCUUUUAUGGAUUAAAGCAGAUUGUGCUCCACUUUUAGACUCGGAGUCUGCCUGGAAGUCUUAGUGUAGCAGAUAGCAGCCUUUAACUUAGAGGUAGUCUCGUGUCAGGAUAAGUGUUCUUUGUCUUCACUUGUCCACGGAGGUUGUUUUUUUUUUUAUCCCCUUUUUGCCUAGAUGAGGACAGCAAGCUCAUGUCUGGCAUUACAUGAGCAUCAUUUUACCUGCUUGAUCAAUGGUCUUUUUUUUUGCCUGUUUUUUUUUUUCUUUUUUGAUGGAUAACGACAACUCGCUCUCGAUAUUUGCAGUACCUUCCUUUUUUCCAUAACUGCCAGUGAAAUGUGCUAUUUUCUUCCUUCUCUGUACCGCUGCUGUGCUACGCUGGACUGAGCACAGUGGGCGCUAGAGCAGGCACAAGCAGCAGAGGGAAAAAAAAACCCUCAAGCGCACAGUGAAAAGCGUCUGUGCCGUUACCUCAGCUGAACCUUCGAAUGAACUCGUUGCACUGCCCCAGUCACGGAGCCAGGAGACGAAUCACUCGAGUAGAUUUGAAACAGAGGGGUACUGUUGAGCGAGCUGAACCCUGCGCUCUGCCCCAGCUCUAGUCAGAACAUUCACAUCUCCUCUUUUCUCCUGUCAUGGUAAGUAGGAUUAGGAUUUUUUUUUUUCUGCCAUUGUUGUCGUUUCUGUACAUGCGUAUGUCUCAGGCAUGUCCGUCACUCUCCCGGCCUGUCAGAUAGCUUAUCAGACUGGUGUUGGCUGUUAAGAUUACAAGGCGACAACAGUCUGUAGGCUGUCUGACAUUUCGGGCUCUUUCAUCUGACCAGCAUCCUGUUUUGUCCUCCUUCUGUUAUUGUCAUUGUCUCAGUUAGCAUCAGUUCCCAUUUAGAGGUGUGUGCUGCGAUGUCACUUCCCUUUAUCCCAACCGCUUGUGAAACGUCGGAGACAUGGGUCUAUUGUUUAUUUCCGCCAUGCUGACGUCUGUGAGGGUUUUAUGUGGGUUUAUGUGAGGAACUGUGCUCUCGCAUGUUUGCAGAUGUAGUGAUGUCAGUAGUGUACUUCUGUAUAUGUGUGUGUGUGUGUGUGUGUGUGUGUGUGUGUGUGUGUGUGUGUGUGUGUGAGAGAGAGAGAGAGAGUUGGCUCUGUGCUCUUGAAUUUCCAGAGAAUCCAGGCAGCACACACCUUAUUGCAACACAUCACAUUGUGACAUCCAGUCCUAGGUAUGGUACACGCAGUGCUCACCCUGCUCUCCCCUUCCCUUUUACACUUCCCUCUUCUGUUUUACUGAGUACUUUCUUCUGUUGCUCAACAUGCACUUUUUCUGUAGGAGCCUGCGUUUUAUUGGAACAACUCUCUUGAGAGGGUGUUUUUGUAAGGGCCACAAAUGGGUAAUUAUACAAUGCUGAAAAUCAUUGCUUGACCAGUGGGUACUUUUACCACAAAGCCUCGGUUUUAUUUUAGUUUCUUCUUUCUGUAGAAUAGAGCAAGAGGGUCAAACUUUCUCUUGGUCACUAAAGCAAAAUCACUGGAAUGGCUCGCUGGCUUAAAGAGUGUUUUUCUUGGCAGUUUCAGGAUGUCCUGUUCCAUAAGGGGGACCCCUUUUGGCUUGACUAUCUGAGUGUGAGAGUGCAUGCUUGUCUAGAAAUUCUGUUGAUGUUUCUGUGUGUAAAUGCCUGUUUUUCUUGUCUGUACCUGGGUUAUUUUAAAAGUCUAUGUACUGUACAGUUUCUCUGCUUUCACUAUAAAUAAAGUCUGUUGAAAAGAG